GAAACGCGAUUAUGGUUUGGAUGUGUUCAUGGGACCUUUACAGGUUGCCUAUCGUGAAGUGAUCACAAACACGGCAACGUUCACAACAUCUGUCGAAGACACCCUCAGUGAUCGAAAGCACACGUGUACACUCACGCUUCAGGUAUCACCUUGUUCAAAGGAACGAAAAUUCAAAUCGGUAUUGGUGAGAUUGGACGAUGAUAGUAGCAAACCGUAUGUUCGUGCAGAUUGGUUGAAGGCAGUAAACGAGGGAUGCGCGGGCGCUCUACAUAAUGGACCGUUGUUGGGUUAUCCUGUGAUGGGUGUUUUGGUGACCUUAAAUGGUCUGGUGGCG